AUGACGGUUCAAAGAGAUAGAGUGACAAGCACUACUCUCACAAUGCCCAUGGAGCAAGCAUUCAGGCACUGCGAUAAAGACACGCUGAAGAUGGCCAUGCUGAAACAUGAAGAGACUUUCAGACAGCAAGUUAACGAGCUGCAUCGCUUAUACAGGAUUCAGAAGCUUCUGAUGCGAGACCUCAAACGGGAGGUCAAGAGCCAGAGGAACCUGUCCACCUCGCCGAACGGCAGCUGCACCGAGUACAACAUAGGAGCUCUCGGCAUGUGCGCCUAUGAGCACCGCUACGCCGCUCGCGGCCGCGGCGGACACGUCGCAGCAGCGACGCCGACGCCGCGCACCGCUCUCAGCCUCGACGUCGUGGCGCCAGUCGUCGAGUACGUGCGGAGCGCGGAGGAGGAGGACGACGACGAAGCGGAGGAAACCGACGACGACGCGGAGCUGGAGCUCACGCUCGCCGUGGGUGGGGGCGGGGCCAAGAAGAGGUACGGCGAGUACCCGUCCGGUGGGGAGAGCCUCUCGUCGUCGUCCACGGAGUCCGACGUGCUCACCGUCUCCGGGCGUGAGUGGCGCCAGGCGCGCGGCACGCCGUAUCACAAGAGGAGGCAGGCGACCGAGCUGGACGUGGUGCAGGUGGAGGACGGCGUCGGGGUGCUGCCGCCGCCGCCGCUGCUGUUCCACUGGCUCAGCCUCAAGAUGGCAUGA